GGAUAAUGGCUCAAAUGAAUUUAAUCUAGUGAGGCUGCUGGGACAAUCGAGAAUACUUAGCAAUUUUAAUAAUAGUUCAUACUGCGCGUUGCCUUCAGGACAACAAUGCAGUACGAUGAGGAUGACGAACGACGUUCAUUCUUACCAAGGGAGAAAAAAUGGGAUCAGUUUCCGGAUUCGCCGCGAGAGGUCAUUUCGGACUCCAUGGUGGAGUCGGAGCUGUACAAUGUCUCGUUGAAAAUCCUUCAUUUACUCGCUUUUGUUCUGACUUUUAUCGUGGUGUUAGCAUCGGCGACUGUAUCCAAAGGUACGCUCCUCUUCAUGACUUCGCAAGUUUCGCACAACCAGACCAAGCCCUAUUGCAAUGAAGAUUUGGACCUCAAUCGACAGUUUGUUGUCACACUUCCGGUAACCGAACGUGUUGCAUGGAUUUGGAUGCUUUUUUAUGCGUAUUGCGUUCCACAAGUGGGCACAUUCAUCCGUUCUGUGCGCAUUUGCAUCUUUAAGAGUAGUACUGCGCCUAAAUGGCAGGAUUUUAUGCUUGUCAUGGUAACUGAGACAUUUCCGGCGAUAGGUAGCGCUAUUUUAGUGUUUGAUGUCUUACCACAAUUGGAUGUACUCAAGGGAGCCAUGUUGCUUAACGGUUUUUGUUUUAUUCCGGGUCUUAUGAGUGUUAUUAUGGGUAAAAAGUGUGGAUCAAGAACAGCACCACCUAAAUUUAUCUUGGAUUGCAUCUCGUUAGGAUGCCAGGCAACGGCGCUUGUUGCAUGGCCAUUGGUUGAGGGUACAACAGACGCAUGGCUAAUUCCAGUCGCCAUCUUGUGUAUUACUGUCGGCUACUGGGAGAACUUUUACAAGUGGGGCGUCGAGGAAGAUGAGAUGCGUCCGGUGCGGGAGCAUGACCUGCCGGAGAGUAUAUGGCUGACUGUGGCCAAGGAACGCAUCGAAUUCACCAACACCAGGUAUUUCAUCUACGCCUUUGUUUCGCUCUGGAAAAUUCUCGUCUUUUUCAUCACGAUGGUGUUGUACUUCCUGAUCAAAGAGGGCUCUGCUGACUUUCUUUUCGAUUACUACACGCUAGCAAUGGAAUCACAUCCAAUUGCCAUAAAAAAGAUUGCACCGGUAAUAACAAGUCAUCUGGCAAACAUCGACGACGUCGUUGCGACUGGUCUCGGCACAACAAUUGAAUCCGAAAAAUGGACGCCUGUUUAUGUCUUUCUUAUCAACGUCCUCUCGACGUACAUAUGUUACAUUUUCGGUAAAUUCGCCUGCAAGAUUCUAAUCCAAGGCUUCAGCUACGCGUUUCCUAUUAAUCUCACGAUGCCGUUUUCGAUUUCCAUUCUCAUUGCGAUGUGCGGCGCGUUUGCGCACGAUCCUUGCGCAUACUCGGGCACCAUCUCGCCAUAUUUGUUCUUUGACAUUCCUGCUAACAUGUACUACCUUCAACGAUUCAUCAUUGAUGAGUGGGCAUGGAUGUGGCUGUUGUGGAUUAUGUCACAGGCGUGGAUAACUCGGCACAUAUGGAUGCCAUCUAGUGAACGGCUUGCACGUACCGAACGACUGUAUAUGCGCCCGAUGUAUGACCCUUUUCUUAUCGAUCAGGAUAUUGCGUUGAAUCGACGCAGGGAAGUCUUCCGCGAUGAGGAUAUACCAAUACUGGAUGAAGGAGAUGGUGAUGAUGUUGCAGGACGUGAUCGCAAACGUUCAUACCUGGAUGAUUUUGAUGGUGGACCGGAUAAAACAACAAGGAUUUUUGCUUGUGGAACCAUGUGGCAUGAGAAUAAAGAUGAAAUGAUGGCGUUUUUGAAGAGUAUUCUACAUUUGGAUGCGGAUCAAUGCGCGAGAAAGAUUGCCAGCGUGAUGUUCAGCAUUGAGAAAGAUUACUACGAAUUGGAGACGCAUGUGUUCUUUGAUGAUGCUUUCGUGAGGUAUGAUGAUUCCCCGGAGCCAUAUUUGAAUGAUUAUGUCCAGAUGUUGAUUGCUACCAUGGAUGAAGCACGUCGAGAUGUGCAUGAAGUGGAGGUGCAAUGGCCAGGCCCUGUGAAGAUUUGCACACCGUAUGGAGGAAGACUAAUUUGGCAAUUACCAGGCGGUAGUAAAUUCGUCGUUCAUCUAAAAGAUAAGAAAAAGAUCCGCGCUAAGAAACGGUGGUCCCAGGUGAUGUACAUGUACUAUCUUUUGGGUCAUCGACUUAUGAACGGCAGCUUCACCAGUUACGAGAAGCACAUUCGAUCCGAGAAUACCUUUCUUCUUGCGCUUGACGGCGACAUUGAUUUCCAACCGAAUGCUGUGCUCCUUCUGGUCGAUUUGAUGAAGAAGAGUAAAUCCGUGGGCGCUGCUUGUGGACGCAUUCAUCCGAUUGGUUCCGGACCAAUGGUUUGGUAUCAAGUAUUCGAGUAUGCAAUCGGUCAUUGGCUGCAGAAGGCUACCGAGCACGUGAUUGGCUGUGUAUUGUGUAGUCCCGGUUGUUUUUCACUCUUCAGGGGCAGUGCUUUGAUGGAGGAUAAUGUAAUGAAGAGAUACACAACUGAGUCUUCCGAGGCACUCCAUUUUGUACAGUACGAUCAGGGUGAGGAUAGAUGGUUGUGCACGCUUUUAUUGCAAAGAGGUUUUCGUGUUGAAUACUCGGCAGCAUCGGAUGCCUACACGCAUGCACCGGAGGGUUUCAAUGAAUUUUACAACCAACGCAGGCGGUGGAUGCCUUCCACUACGGCAAACAUCUUUGAUUUGCUAACUGAUUACAAGUACAUCACGCAUACGAAUGAUAACAUUUCAAUGCUUUAUAUUUGCUAUCAGGGGGUAAUGAUGAUUGGUACUGUGUUGGGUCCUGGUACUAUAUUCCUUAUGUUGGUGGGUGCUUUCGUCGCAGCGUUCCAGAUGGACCAGUGGACUAGUUUUAUGUGGAAUGCCAUACCCAUUUUGUUUUUUAUGACCAUUUGUAAACUCUUCAGUCAGGCGAACAUUCAGUUAUUCUUUGCUGGUUUACUGAGCGCAAUCUAUGGUUUGGUAAUGAUGGCUGUACUGGUCGGUGUGCUGAUGCAGAUUCAACAGGACGGUAUCAUGUCCCCAUCAUCACUUUUCUUCUUCUUUAUUGCUGGAGAGUUUAUCGUCACCGCACUUAUGCAUCCCAAAGAAGUCGGCUGUUUGAUGUAUGGCGUCAUCUACUACGUUACAGUCCCCAGCAUGUACCUCCUCCUGGUCAUCUACUCCAUCUUCAACAUGAACGUUAUUUCCUGGGGUACGCGAGAGACAGUUAUUGUCACCAAGAAAGAACAAGAGGAAACAGCAGCCAAAGCAGCAGCAGCGCCAAAAACCGCCGCAGGACGAGUUCUGAAUCUUUUAGGCGCCAAUGGUCAAGACAACGGCGGCGCAAUUUCCUUCUCAGUUUCCAACCUUUUCAAAUGCUUGCUGUGUACGGUUCCCAAAACGGCGGAGGAAGAACGCUUGAUUCAAGUGCAAGCUAGUUUGGAAGCAAUUCAGGUACGGUUAGGAAUGAUCGAAAAGAAGGCAGACCUGGAAAUCACAGAAGAGCCAAAGGCGUUCGGUGGUGCUGCUUCAGCACCUCCCGAAGUAGAUGAAUCAGUCAACAGUGUAACCGCUGAAGAAUACGAGGAAUUGAAUUGGUGGAUGGACGAAGGCGAUCGAAUCAAGAAAUGCGAGACUGGGACACUUCCAGAGGACGAGAAAACCUUUUGGAAGGAGCUGGUUGAGAAAUACCUUAAGCCAGAUGUGCUAUCAGAUGCCUCAAAGGAAAAGCAGCAGAUCAAGAAGGAUUUGGAAGAUUUAAGAGAUAAAUCAGUGGCGGCCUUUUUCAUGAUCAACGCAUUGUUUGUACUGGUGGUGUUUUUGCUCACCUUGAAGAAAGAUAUAUUGCAUAUUAAUUGGCCUUUCAAUGUCAAAACCAACUUCACUUACAAUGGGGACACACUGGACAUCGUCAUGCAGAAGGAGUACCUGGAGCUGGAGCCAAUCGGUUUCGUUUUCCUCAUCUUUUUCGGUAUACUCAUGGUCGUUCAAUUUCUCGCUAUGUUCCAACAUCGGUUUGAGACAAUGUGUCAAAUUCUUGCCAACAUGGAGUUCAAUAUCAGAUUUUUCCAGAACACAACGGAAGCCAUUGUAGAUGAUAAGAAGAUAAAGAAAGGACAGCGGUGGAUCGAUGAAGUCAAAGAAAUGCAGCGCCUGAAAGCAGAUGAUGAUGAUGAGCCAGAAGAUUUGCGGAGAACAACUCGAGGACGGCGCAAAACCGUGAUGGAAAACGAGCGGAUUCAAAAGAGGAAUCGUAAUGCCAAAACCACGCUAUUGGAAUCAUUCAAUGCCAGGUAUGAGCGAUUGGCGAACCCAACGAAGAAUGAAAGCGGCGCCAACGUGCGCAAGAGAGGAAAAGGUGGUAUUGGUGUUGAGGCUAUGGUAGCACGCAGGACGCAGUUAAUACCAAAAGGGAUGGAUCCGCGUAAAUCUGUGUAUCGGCCGCAGUCCAUUAACAAUCCAGGCGACGGUAUUGACAAUCCGGCGUUUGUUUCCUCAGAGGAGUUUGUUAAAAACUUUAUUUCUCCUUAAUUUUGCAUGAGAUUGUUUCUCAAUUAUUUAUCCAUGUCUAUAUCCAUGUCAUAUUAGUAUUAAGUGAAAGAUUAAUUAUUAACUUAUAACUACCUAA